GGCUCUCAUAAAACAGACGCACUUCCCCCCCUCCUACCAAACUAACAACAAACCGCGCACAUACAAUGUUGAUGAGCAGAUACGCGCACAGCUGUUGGGAUGGCACGCUCCGUUGAACGCCUUUAAAUACUGCGAGGGCGUCGACACGAACCGUUUGGAGGCGCUUGUUCCUAUGGCGAUGGAAGAGAACCGCGCAGGGUCAAAGGUGGAGGCAGAGACAGCCUAAAAUCCCGGAGGGAGGCGAGGAAGUUGGUCCUAAUCAGUCUAAAUACAGCCGCUUGUUUCCGUCGGAAGUUGCUCCGUUUAGUAAACACGUCAAAGUUACCCUACUUUUUUUUAAAUUAUUAUUAUUUGUUUGUUUUUGUUCGUGAAAAUACAACUCGGUCGAGGAAACGAUUCAGGAGGUUUACCUGACAUUAGGAACAGGACUGAAUCCUGGGAGUCCUCUUGAGGCCCGUUGAGAUGAUGGAUGAACAGGUGAAUCCGCUGGAGAGGGACCACUUGCUGAGUGUGGUUCUACCAGGGGGGGUGGAGAAGAAGGCCACAGUGCCCGGAAGCAAAGCGGUGAUGGACUUGCUGGUGACACUCUGCGCGAGUUACCACCUGAAUCCCUCCGACUACACCGUCGAGGUUCUCUCGCCCAACAAGAACAACAUCAGCUUCAAGCCGAACUCUCCCAUCGGCUCGCUAGAAGCUGACAAAAUUGUGUUGAAGCCCAAAGGGAUGGAGGAAAAGAUCCGGCAGCCGUACAUGCCUGAGGCAACAGUUCGCCUGUUAAUCAACUACAAUAAGUCGCACAAGGCCGUGGUGCGGGUGAAUCCCAGGCUGCCUCUUGAGAUGCUGCUGCCGGCGGUGUGUGACAAGUGCGAGUUUAAAGUAGAGACGACCGUCUUGCUGAGAGACUCUCAGUCUGAGGAGCCACUGGACCUGACCAAGACCUUAAAUGACCACGGGCUGAGGGAAGUGUUCGCCAAAGAUACGGCAGGGAAGCACCUGUCUGAAGGAGCAGCUAUCACACCAACAGAGGUCAUCUCACCUCCUCCACUACAAGAUAACAAACAGAAACAGAAGGAGAACACGGGAUUCCUCAGCUUAUUUAGAAGAAGGAAGAAGAAACACGAAGCGGCUCGUGCGGCGAGUGUUCCAGCGUCUCCCGGUCUCGGCAAACAAACGACAGACGGCAGGAACUCAGAGGCCGCCCCCUCCUCUAACACCCUCACCGCAGACAUGCCCAAGAAGAGGCGAGCCCCUCAGCCGCCCAUGGGCGCGUUGCAAAGCGUCCCGAGCAACCUCAGCACCUGCCAUUUACGAGGAGCACAGAGGUCUGCAGAUUCUACCUUAAGGAGUACCAAGCGUAGGGCCCCACCUCCUCCCUGUGCAAACACACUCCAGAAGCUGCAGUCAGACACUGACGUUAAAGGGACUCUAGACUCCCUGAACACUCCAGAGGAGCCGAGAGAAAAAGAUGAGUCAGACUCUGUAAAAAUAUCUCCGUCCUCCUCUUCACCGCCGCGUCCCUCACGGCCACACUUCUCACACUUCUCACACUCCUCCCUGGCUCACCUCCACGAAGUGGCCGACCCCUAUCUGCCUUCAUUCCGUGGGAAGGACUUGUCCGACGCCCGCUCUGCUCUUGCCAAAGUCCUGACGUCGUCCGUUUCUAAAGGAACGCUGGUCAAACGUCUGAGGAGCUCCGCCACCUUUCACAAGUUCCACCACGGCUCCUCCGCCAUGGCCACGACGCCGACGGGCUCAGACGACGGGGGUUUCUGUGAGGAGCUCGACUGUGUUCUGAAAGCUGAGAGCGGCUGGGAGGAUCCCGUUGAGAGGAGGAGGCUGACCACCUUUAAAGUAGUUCCCCCGAAGAAGCCGGAUCCAGAACCGAAACUAGAUGUUCCAGACCAGAGUCUGACUCUAAAAGAAGAUGAAGCUGAGGUGGAGAGCGUGGAGGACGAACUUUCAUCUGACACAUCAAAGAUUGAAACUCCUUCUCCCAGUCCUGCCCAGCUUCCAGCUCCUCCUCUACAGCAUCUAGAUGAUUGUACAGGUCCAGUCAAAGCUCCGCAUGAGGUUGAGGACACGGUGACAGAGGAGAACGAAGCGGAAGAACCUGAGGUGAUGCCGUCUGAUUGCAGCGAUGGAGAAUUUAGUGAGACUCAGAUCAGCCAAGAAGAUCAGAGCCCCAGCACAGACAUGGACCACUGUAGUCCAUGCUCUGGUGACACCAACACUGAGGAGGAAGUGGCUCAAGACGAGGAAGCAGAAGAAGAGGAGGUGGACGUCAGCUUCCCUCCCCCUCCCCCUCCCGUCUUUUUCAACGAUGAAGUCAUGGAGGACCAGAGAGGAGAUCCAGCUCCUCCUUCGCCAUCGUCUCCGCCACCAACUCCUCCCACCCCGAGUGGCGCAGCACGCCAAGAUGUUCCUUCGGCCAAACCCGACCAGCCUCCGGACGAGCCGAAGGCAGCGCCGUCCAGGUUUGCCGAGGCGGUGGCGAUGGCCGUCCAGCGCUCUCGCCAGAAAGGUUUGGGCCCUCCGGUCUCCAUUGGACCACACACCACGCUCCCGUCUCCAGGUCCACUUACAACAUACCAGUACGGUGCCUGACCUCCUUCCUCACACAUCUUUGAAUGGAUGUCCUUGUUUUAGUUGUGGGUCCAGAGUUGACCGAGGACACCCGAGGGUCUCCACGCUUCCUCUAAAUAUCUUAAACGCUCAUUUCCACGAACUGUGAGAGGCAAACACUACCGUUUCUUUGUGCAGAUUAAACAGAAUCUUCUUUUUUCUCUCUGUUAUGGAGGAUGCCAAACGUACAGGACAUGAGUUGUUGAAAUGGCCUCGUCCUGUUUUUUUUUUCUUUACUUCCUUUUACAUUUUCAUUUAACCCGUGCCAAGACGGACGAAGCACUGACGUAAGGGCUCUUUUUUUGUGUGUGUGUCACCGCACUUCUAGGCUUUGUUUUCUCCUUCAGGACGUGCACUUUUAGCCUCCAAAGACAUGGGCCGCGUUUCGCGUUUCAGUCACCAGGUGGCAGAAGAGCAUUGCUUCUGAAAUGAAAAUUGUGCGUGAGCUUGCUUUCACACUGUCUGUUCUGUUCUGGUGGUUGUUUCACAAGUGGAUACUUAAAAAAAAAAAAAAGAAAGAAUAGUAAAUAUUGUUUAAGAUUUACUCUGUAGCCACGGAUGAAAUUCUGUCAAAUUCUGUCUAAAUGUUUAUUUUUCCUGAAGGCUGUCUCUGUUAAAGAAUUCAUGGGUGUUCCUAGAAUAAAAAAAAAAAAAAAGGAAUAUUUAAUGUGGAGAAUUUCCUGCAUUUCCAGUUG